AUGGAACUCAUGUUUGAUGUAGACGACUUUGACGGCAGGAGCUCAACAGACGACAUCACAACCUCUGUUCCUGUCCUGCCCCCCAACCUCCUUCUCAAAUGUCUCCAGUACCUCCCAGUCUCAUCCCUCCCUGCCGUCGCCCAGGCCUGUCGCCGCCUCAAGGUCAUCGUCUACGGUGACGAACUGUGGGAGUCCAAGCUUCAGGCCAUGGGCUUUGGCUUCCGUGGCAAGAAAAAGUCAAACUACGACGACGAAGGAGAAGGCGGUGUUAGUCUUUUGGAUGGACCGAUCGACUCUCUCCCGCGCUUCCCUGUCCACGGAGCCAACAUCUCAGAGAUGACUCGGAAACGGAUAUCUGCCAACACGUCCGAGGCCAUUGGGGCUGUCAAUGGCAGGAUGAGUCUCUCCAGUCUCUUAGAGGAAGGGUAUCGGUCCAGUGUCGAAGACGAUCCCGCGAAUGCUUCUUCCUCAACCUCGGCUAAACCACGAUUUCAAAUCCCAGGGUUGCCAGGCGACCCUUAUUCGAUGAUCCAGGGCAGGAAGGCAAACCAAGGAGCACGCGAGCAGUUCAAGACGAUCUACAAGGAACUCUGGCCGUACUAUGUGGACUUUCGUCAGGCAAACAAGGACAGUAAAGUGAUCCAGGAGUUUGGAAGUUCAGUCCUGGAUGUCGCCAGAAUGUUGGCACGGCUCUUGGCCUUUUCCAAGGCGCCCUUGGCGGCCGAUUCUGAUCAGAUCAAUGAGAACCUGCAAGGAACUUGCGAGUAUUUCGAAAACCGUUGCUUGCACUUGUUCGAGGUCGCUUACGAUUCGCGAGACAUCUCGGAGAUGGCUAAAUUUGCAGGAGUGCUCUUGGACCUGAAUGGCGCUCAGGCUUGUAUUCAAAUCUUUAUCCAAAAGAACGGGAUAUUUUUUGACAACAAUUACGAGGCAGGCGAGAAUCUCAAGCAAUAUGAGAUGUGGCUGUCGCAACCUGUAGUCGUCCGGGAGAAUAUGGCAUACCCUGAAUUUACGCCAAUGCGGCUCUUCAUGGAGUUUACCGAGAUGGAACUCCAAAAGCAGGGAGUCAUCAUCAGCGACGUGUUCCCAGAGGAGGCCGAUGUGCUCUACAGUUUUACGGAGCGCGUGUUUGAGGAUGUCAUUUCAGAGUACUGUUCACAACUCUUUGAAAUGUGCAGCAUGCGGGACAAAUUGCUGUACCUCAAGUCCGUCCCGACUGCCUACCGGUAUCUGGAGCACCUGGAGAACACCGUGAUCGACAUGGAGCCGAUUAACGUGCCUCGCUACCGGAUCGAGAAACUUUUGGCCAGAGUGUUUGCGCCUUGGCUGGAACGGUAUCUUAAGCAGGAGCUGGAUUGGGUUCAAAAGUCAUGCAAGGAUCAGAUCGACAAGUACGAACGUCAGCGCGACAGCAGAAACACGGAACCUAAGAGGAUGAAUCCCAGAAACAGAGAGGUCUUUAAGCGCAACUUUUUGAGAGGCUUCCGGAAUGUUAUCACCCUUCCCUACAAGAUCUCGUCUUCUAUUGUUGCAGGAGUGACAGCAGUAUCGACUUCGGCAUCCCCAUCACCUGCGCCUAGCAUUACAACCCCAACAGCGGCAGCCGCGGCUCCAACUACAUCGGUUAGCGAAACUUCAGCAGCUCCAGCUCCAGCAGUAGGAGCUAUAACGACGCCAACAAAAAACAAACGGUUCUCAAUGCGGUCCAUCACUUCAUUGAGUGGGUCUAGUAGCAGCUCAAGCACUACAGCUGCCACCACGGUGACAGCUACAUCAUCUGCACCGGUGACGCCCACCACGAUCAGCACUCCAGCAUUCGUCCCUGACAGGAAAUCUAUUUCUUUGGCGAGCGAUGCGGACAGUGUGAGGAGUGCGCCAGGAGGAGUUGAGCUGCAGCAAGUGGUCACUGCUCAAGAAGUACAAGAAGAGAUGAACUCCCUCCUGAGCGUCGAGUUGGCUUUGCAUUUGAUUCAUCUCGACAAGGACGCACUCCAGCGUCUCGCGGCCUUUGCAGGACUUGGCGGUGUCCUUGGCGGGCGUGUGGCGAUCCAACAACUGGGACGGUACAAGCCUUCAACGACUCAUGGUGGUGGAGUGACGCCGCUUAUGGACUUUUUCGAGCUUGUUCAUGUGGCGGAUCUAAUUCUACAGAUGGUGCAGGUGUACUAUGCGGAGGAGAUGUGCAAACAUAUCGACAAAAUGGAUUUCUUGAACGAGGCCAACAAGGAGAAGAAGUCGUUUGAGAGGAUGAUUGACGACGGAGUUGCAGCAGGAUUGGAUAAGAGUAUCGAGGUCAUGAUUGACCAGGUCGCCUAUAUACUUGCGACUAUGCAGUUGCCGACCGACUUUAACCCUGAGGAAGGCACCGACAUCGAGCUGCAACCUACCAAUGCUUGUCGGGAGGCGGUGACAUGUCUGACGACACAUACAAAGAUGCUGAUCGGCUGCACGGACAAACAUACCCUUGACGUUUUCUUCCAAGAACUUGGACUUCGUCUCUUCAAUUGUCUGACAAAGCACUUGCGAUCGAAUGUAGUAUCGUCGCAAGGCGGGUUCGUUCUGAUCUGCGACUUGAACCAUUACUACAACUUCAUCGUGGGCCUCAAGCAGCCGACGUUGAACCCAAACUUUUUGGCACUCAAAGAGUUGGGCAACCUGUUUAUUAUCCAAUCGCCCUCCGAUCUGAAGCAGCUUAUCCAUGACAUGGAGCGGUUCGGAGGCAUCCUCCGGAUCGAAGAUGUCUUUGAGUUUGCAGAGAUGCGCUCCGAUUGGAAGAGUAUUCAGCGGAUUGUUGAACGCGACCGACUUGAGUGUUGCAUCAUGUAA